AUGGGCAAAGUCUCACCGCCUAGAAAGGCAGUUCCGCCAUCAAAAGACUCCAAGGGUCUCCAAGUAGGAGUCAAAGUGCGAAAAAUCAUCGAGAAAUUGUCUGUAUUGAAGAUUAUUCGACCUGGGAAGCCAAAACCAACUGAUGAGGGAACUGCUCUUCCUGGUGCUGAGUUGUCCGCGCACGAUGUCUCUGAGGACGGUAGUGACUUUACCACUCGGCACGUGACAGAAAUUCCUGUCAGGAAACUUCCAGCGGAUGACGAGGACAUCGUUGCAGAUCCUCAUUCUGUGGCUACCGCCGAGCAAGAAAUUCCAGCUCAAGGUUCUACCUAUAUUGAUCGAGCCAAUGCUACUUCCCCUCGAAUCGUUGAGCUAGAAAUUGCCAAUCAUGAUCUAGACAGUGGAAAAAGUUCCAACUUAAGCGAUGUCCCUGGAAAUCUUCGCACAAACACGACAGCAAACCGGGCAUCAACUUCAGAUAUAUCGAAUAUCUAUCCAAAGGAGGCUGAGAGUUCUGAUCCAGGCCCGAUUUCGUUACACUCCAUCUCAGACAGAAAGGCUGCUUCGUCUUUUCCCAGUGAAGAAGAAACGCGAAGUCUUUGGGGAAAAGCGUGCGAAAAUGUGGAGGCUCGAAAAGAACAAUCUAAAUAUCUUCACUGCCUUCAAAAAUCUGCUCAAAAUCCUAAUGGAAGUGGCGUGACCUCUGAUUUGGCACAGAUCCUGAGUGAGAGGCAGAAGAAAUCUCAAGCCGAAAACGAAGUUUCCGAAUCCUCAGCGAAUAGUGCAAUAUCUCGGGCAUUAAGAAGCAUGAGUAUAGCCAAGGUUCGGUCAGUCAGAUUCUUGAUGUCAACCAAAGACUUGGCUAUGGGUCUUGCGCGGCUGGAUCCUCAUGGAAUUGCCCCUAUCGUGCUUGGCGGGGUUUACACCGUUGUUUCGGUGUUUGAUAACAACACUGAAGAAUGCCAAGCCGCGCUUACGAUCACAUUAGAACUUGCCGGAAUUGUGGCAGUGUGGACCGGGGUCGAGAAUCAUCAGAUCUCGAAAAACUCGGAUCAAAGAUUAAAUAAGCUCUAUGCAAAACUCAGUGAUCAGAUUGUGGGCCUCUAUGAGGAUAUUAUAGUGCUAUUUGGCACCAUUCUGACCUGGUUGGACAGAAAUCAAGUUCGUAAGAUUAUAGGGGGAGUCGUUCCUGCUCAGACCGAGUGGAAGAACUCCCACGCGAAGAUCAAGUCUCUCGAAACAAAUUGUAACAAUGUCCGAAGCGAGAUUACUAUGAAGAAAGAAUCUCACGACAAGUCAAGCGAAAUAUUGAGAUGGAUAUCUGAGUAUGAUAUUCGAGGUUCGUAUCAGAACAUACUCGAAAAAACUGGAGUACUUGAGAAAUACAGCGACCACGGUCAGUGGCUCAUCGACCAUAAGGACUUUCAAGAGUGGUCAAGCUCCGGGGCGAGCUCUGUCCUCUGGCUAAGAGGAAUCAUGGGUACCGGAAAGACAACUUUAGUGGCGCGUGCUGUGCAACAAUUGAAAAGAUCUGCAACGGUCGAAAUCUUUGGUAGCCGCUUGGCAAUUUUCUUCUUCCGAAAGACCGCCGGGGCUUCAAUAACAUCUGUCACGGUCGAAACUUGCCUUAGUUCCAUACUUCGCCAGUUAUCCUGGGAUAAGACAAUUGAAGAGCUCGAUCCAUCAAUUAAAAGCGAAUAUUACAAGUUCAAGGCUGAAGACAGCAAUGAUACUUGUUUGACUAUCGGAGAAUGUCGACAACUGCUAUCCCGAUUGAUUGGUCUCCGCGAAACAUAUAUCAUGAUUGACGCAAUAGAUGAAUGUGAGGAUCCUUAUGGACUGUUGAAGGAACUGCAGAAAUUAUUAGAUCUGAUCCAGGACGCAAAGGCCGUUUCGAAGCCCUUGCAUGUCAUGCUAGCGAGCAGAGAUGACCUCACGAUCGACGAUUUCUUCAAAGGAUGCCGGAAAAUUGCAACAAAUCCAGAGGAUGCGAAACAAGAUCAAGAAGAAUAUAUCAACCGUGAGAUCGAUAGCAUUUGUCGAACCUUAAGAGCCUCUAAAUUCGCCACUUCUCCAAAUGGGCAUUCUGAACGGCUUAAAGAAUUGUUGAAGGAAAAGGGCGGUGGUUCUUUUAGAUGGAUUGAGAUCCAGCUUGAAUUCUUCGGGAAAACAUCCUUCAAAACAUCGGACGAGAUCACAGUCCACUUGAAUAAUCUUCAAAGCCAUACCAAGCACCAAACACUUUACGACGAAUACGAAAGGCUUUUCUGGCUUCUUCAGCGUUCGGGUCCAAAUCUUGAGCGUGCACUCAAGAUGUUUCGACUAAUGGCUUGCUCGAAUAUAGAGAUGACUGCUAGCGAUUUAGCGGAAGCCAUCAACACAAGCGAGCCAUUAGUCGAGGAACUCAGCCCCGACAACAUUCGAAGAAUAUUGGUUGGUUUCGUCACCGAGCCGUCAAGAUCGGGGAGUCGUGAAUAUUGUGGCAAAGCUUUGGACGGACUUGUUUUCCAAUGGGCUCAUGCGUCCGUCCUCGAGUUCUUGAUGGAAAGAGCCUCUAGCAUCAAUUUUACAGUGCUGGCUCAACAUUCAGAAGCGGCGUCACUCUGUUUUUCGCGAAUCAAAGCUUGCGACGAUCAUCCAGUAGUCCCUCCACCCCAAGAGAUGUCAAUAUUCCUCAAGUACAGUCUUUUAGAAUGGCCAGAGCACUGCAAACAGGCUUUUAAAGAAGAUCCAAAUUGCUCACUCGUGGAAAAGACAAAGAAAUUCAUCUUGGCAGACUCGUACAGAAUAUGGAAUCGGCUUGCCCCAUCUCUAAUCACUUGGGGGAACCACUAUCAUUUUAGCGGCCUAUGCUGCGAUCGUCCAUCCGCGAUGCCGGGAUUCGUCAUUGUCGAUUUUGAAUUGUCAGAACUACUCAGGCUCGCCGACAUUCAAGCCCUCAUUGAUCUUCAACAGUGCAAUCUUACGGGACGAACUCUCCUCCAAUUCUGGAUAGGACGUACUGUACGUGCACCCAAAAUGAUCGACCAACUUGUUGACCUCUUUCCCGCCCAGAUUAAAGGGACGAACGGAGGUCGUGAACUUUUCGAAGCUAUUUACAUGGGCUCUGCCCGAGUGGUCGCCAAACUGCUUGAAAACGGCGAAAAACUUCUCCAGGGGCAACGAUCUACUCUGGGCGUUGCCGUUGUGCGCAUGUUAUUCGUGCGACGCCUUGAAAAGAAUACGGAGACUAGAAAAAAUCGUCUGGAAAUCAUACGAAUUCUUCUUGCAAAAAGAUUCACCAUAUUUGAUCUUCAUCUUGAUUUUGAAGAAGGCGAUAAGUUUCUCAGGCCGGUCAUGUCGAUGGCUGUCCGUUCCAAUUAUGAUAAUUUGAUCAAUAUCUUCAUAGAGACCAUAGUCGAUUUUGAUAAGCGAGGACUCACCGGUAGCGUUCAAAGACUACUAAGAACGAGAGACAUCUUUGGGCAAACUCCCAUUGAAGCAGCUCAGAGCCCUUUGAAAGAACGAUUGUCUCAAAUACUGGGAGAUACAACUCACAGAGAUGGAAGAAUAUUGUUUGAGUUCGAUGAAACAGAGGUAAUGAAAGAAAUGAAGUGCGAUGUAGAGCAGUGGACGAAUUUCAAAAAAAAUCUGGCACACGGUGGGUUGGCAGAAGUGUGUUCGAAGAAUUCCCGUGGCCAACAUUGGCACUACGACGAGGGCAAACGAUACGAAGAAUGGCUUCUGUCAAGAUACAAGGAAGUAGACCAGGAAUAUCGGGAACUCAAUCGACAGCUUCUGAAGGAGAUUACAUAAGACUAAAUGGAGUAAAACAUGAUCCUAUAAACAUAACCCGCGCAAGAACUCUGCGCUUCUGAAUAAGACCACGAUUGCUACAAGUUAGAAC